UGUACAUUAGACUCCAUUUAUCGAGGGGGAUUUUGUUCAUGUCUAAUUGUGAACAUCGCUGUCCAAACUACUCGAAUUCCUGAAGCUGUCACUACGUCUCUAACUCCUCCACAAUCACUCCACUUCCUUCCAUUGUAAAGCUCAAAGAGCCGAAUUCGUCACUAUGCACUUUCCAUUUCUCUCCAGCGCCACUCAAGCCUCCACAGUAUCUACAGAACAACCUCCCACUCCAUCGCAGCUGCCAGAAACCCUCACUCCCCCACCCUCCGGCUUAACCCAAGGCCCCUCCCCCAUCCGCCCCUCCACCGAACGCCUGGGCAUGUCGCUUGACCAACGCAUUCUCCUCGGCUCCUUCAGCGCCUUCUUAUGCGGCUUCACCCUCGGGUCCUCACACGCAGGCCACAUGGCCGCGCUCCGCUUCCGUGCCGAAAACGCCCACCGACUACCAGUUUCGCAGCCAGGAUGGUACCUCUACCAGAAGUCGAAGAAUUAUUACAGGAUGCGAGCGGGGGUUACCGAGGGGAUGAGGAAGGGCGUGUAUAUCGCAGCUUGGGCCAGUAUAUUCUUCAUCGUGGAGGAGAGCAUGGAUGUCUUUCGAGGGACGUGGCGCGCAGGCCGCACGAUUAAGGAGAUGGAGGGCGUAGAUGAACUGGAUUUGUCGGAUAUGAAUAAGAGCGUGGAGUUUAGUCGCGAUUUUAUAAGUACGAGUAUGGCGGGUAUGGUUAUGGGCGGGUUGUGGAGUGUCUGGAACCAUUUCCCUGCUGUGACGGCUGCUAGGACGAUGAGGAUCGGGUUAGUGGCCGGGUUAGGGUAUGGGCUGUUGCAGGAUGGUACGGCUUGGGUGAGGAGGAAUGGCGUGGGGUGGGUGAACAGAGAGGAUAGUUGGAUCUUUCGGGGGGCGAGAAAUAAGGAGAAAAGGAAAGGAGUUGAAGAGGUGGAGCAAAAGUCUUGAUGUGUUCGCUGGCGACCGUAUGGGAUUACCGCUGGCCACACCCAAGAAAAAUUCAACGACCGAAGCGGCUCAACAACUCCUGGUAUCCACGUAUACACCCCAAAGGCCCGACUCAAGCGUCGUCGAACUUGGAAUUGUUAGGUAGGAGAUAUCAAUCUAUGAGAAAUCAUCGAGCUCCAUCAGCUCUACAAUCUCCAACCCUGCACACCUCCUCUGCCAGGCCGCGAUGAGGGGAUGUAGAAGAGAUAGAAAUGUGUAUAUGAUGGAGCAAACACGGAACAGGGAAAGGGAAGGGUCGUUCUAGGCUCCUCAAAAGGAGAGGAUACAUAUCUAGUGUCAGUAUAUCCAAAACUGAGUCACUACUUUAUAUGCUUCCUGUUC